UGGAUUUCAAGUGCCACCAAAGAUAGGAAUAGAAAAGCCUGCCUUGAACAGUUUCCUAAGGAGUAGUACUAAAGAUAGAAGGGACAAGAAGUAUGUCUGCUGAAAGCUCACAGUAAGAUAGAUGCAUAGGCACCUUAUGCUGAAGCAAACUGCAUUUCACUAUAACCCAAAAUAUGAGCUCACAGAUUAGUGGGCUUUUUAUUCAAAGCGUUAGAAAUUUGCAUAAUGGGGUAUUUCUGUGUUGUUUCAUAGUGGCAUGUUUCUGUGAAUUACCUUGAUUACAGCAUUAUGUUAUUCCUUCUAAGCUCAAAGGUACAAGUGCCUCAAAGUUGAAAGGAUGCUCAAUUUGAUAAAUGACAAAAUAAGAGAAAUUCACCAAAAAUAUGCAUCUUCUGAAAUCUAAGCUGCUUUUUUUCCCCACAUGAAAAAUAACAGGGCGCUGGUGCUUUCAUUUUCUCGUUAAGUGGGAUUCAGACAUUACCUGUAAACCAGUUUAGAAUUAAAUUCUAAAACCUUGGUAGUAGUAUAGAUGUAAAUAUCAGGUAACAAAAAUAGAAUAUAGCAUCUCAGGAACAAUGAAUGUCCUAAUGAUACUAGUCUGCAGCAUUCCUUACAGAGGGGCUUUACUCAGGUGCUUAUCUUGCCUUUUUCUUUCUCUUAGUAUUGUAGUUUCUUUAUAUUUAUUAAUUCUCAAUAAUUUUAAAUGUAUAAAGUUCUUAGAAAAUGAUAGACUUUCCUAUGUGCUGUGCUAUUUAACUGCUCCAAAAGUGUGUUUUCUCAGAGAACAGAUUCUGGGAGAGGAAAUUAUUGGUACGUGUGCUGCAUGCAGGAAGGGAAGGCAUAAGUUGUACCACAGGUUUUUGGGACCCACGAUGUAGGUCAGUGAGACUCCAGUCUUGAUAGGUGAAGAGUUCAUAACUGCCGAGACUUCUGCCACUGAUAAAUAGGACAUGAAGCCGGACUGGGGCUGUAGAUGUUUCUUCACCUUCUUUUUAGGAACAAAAAGAAAGCUGUAAAGAUCACUGAACCCCACUAGCUGUGCGUUUGCAAACAUCUAUGGCUGCAGUGACUGGCUUUCUUUAAACAGCAUGUGCACAAGUGGAAAGGGGAGGGGAGAAAGGGCCCAAGCAUGGAAGACUGCAAAUGUGAUCUUAAUAGUUAAAAUCAAAGUUCCACACAAGCCUGAGGAGGUGGCCUGCGAGCAGGGAAAGCGGCAGGUAGAGUUUGGUUUGCAGCCCAGCAGCACAGCAGUCCCUCCAAUCUGAACCACAGAGGCACUCCUCCAUGCAGGGCUUUGGGCUGAUAAGACACAGCAAGCUUAGUGUUUAUCACCUGCCCUUAAUUCUUCCCAAAUCACCCUCAGUGAAUGACUUUCUUUUGAUCUGGCAUAAUUAUUUUCUUCUACGACAGAGGGAUGCCACCUCUACUCGUAUCCCAAACUGUCACCAAGUUUAAGUGAGAUGCAGUGCCUGGAGCAGAUUCACCAUUUCGAAAGAGUAUCAUCUGUAAAAUUGUGACUGUUCUGCUAUUGACUUAAAUGAUAAAAAAAAAUCAGCUCAGCCACAAGAUGCUUUACAGUUUCCUGUAAGUCCACUUUUAACAGAGUAUCUAAAAAUUUCAGAAGACUGCCAUACCGUUUAUCAUGUAGUGACACAAUGGAUUUACAUUGUGCUGCCAAUACUUGACACAAGCAUGAACUACUUAAGCCGUUAAGUUCUAACAUGCACCUGAGAGUCAUACACAGUGUUGUUUCAGAAAUCCUUAUCUAAAAACAGUGAGACACCAUUGCCAGCAAGCAAGUAGAAACAACGUUUUGCCCCCCUCUCACACCAUUUCAGAGAAAACUUCCAAUUUCUUCCAUUUCCAUCCCAUUUUCAAAUAUCUGAGAGUUGAGCCAUACCUCAGGGCAUUCCCCCCCACCACCUUUGACUGGACUCUAGGCACCUUUACUCUGCCCAAAUGCAUAAUGACAAAGUGGCCCUAGUGGUAAAACCUAGUUUGCUAUCUGCCAUUUUCCUUUUAAUCACUUUGGAUAAGUGAAUCAGCAGCAGUGGUCACAGCUUUCCAUUUGCUUAUUUUUAUUGAACACUUCUGCCAUGACUCUAGAGAACAUCUUGAACUCUCUGUCCCUUUCCAGACUUUAUACUGCCACCAGUGGUAAUUAGUGACAGUAAACCAACAUGGAAAAUGUAAUGAAACACAGCAAACUGUCACGCUAAUGACAUCAAAGUCCAAAAUGUCAUUGCUCUUCACUGUUACUGGUAUUUUCCAUAAAUCAGAUUCUGCUGCAUCUAAAGUAGCAGCCCUGAGCUGCACACUCUGUCCUGUUGACUUUAGAGGUCCUUUGAGAAGAGCAAUGAUUGAUGUGGCAAAGUGAGCCAGACCAGUCUUGGCUGUGCUGUGCAAAAAUACGAAGUAGGCACAUGCCUGUUGGCCAGUACUCCAUUUGUCCGGACUAGCAGUAGGUGGUUUGAUUACAAACUACAUAUAAGCAAAGCUUCAAAAACACUGCAAGCAACUUUCAGAGUUUAGACCCUUAAACACCAUCUAGGGAAACGAAGGUGCCUUCUCAAAUGUGCCAUGCUUUCAGAAAGUUUCUAAGUGUGAGGUAAAGUUUUCAGAAGUCUUUCCAUCAUGUACAAAUGCUACGUAUCACUUUCCAAAGUGACUCAGGCACACCUGAAAAUUGUAUCCGCUGUAUCUUAAAAGCAGGCAAAAAGCCCUUGAGCGCACUCUGUCACAAGUCUGAUCGCUAGUAGGAUGACUUGCUUUCCUGGCCCUCAAAUACCAAGAUCCAGAAUAAAGGGGUAAAUAGAGUUCUGAAGAGCUUUGACAGAUUAGAAGCACAAUGGGAAAUGCUGUGAAAAUGCCAAGAGCCUCUGUAGAAACAAACGUGCCGAGCCAAACAGGUCAGGAGAGUGAUUUCCUUGCUGUCCUCUAUGACUAUCCUUCAGCAGACAUAAGCCAACCUAUAUUUCACAUAGGGGAAAAACUACGUGUGCUAUCAGAUGAAGGAGGCUGGUGGAGAGUCCAUUCCCUUACAACAGGUCGAGAAAACUAUAUCCCAGGAAAAUAUGUAGCAAAGGUUUACCACGGCUGGUUAUUUGAAGGGCUGGGAAGAGAAAAAGCAGAGGAACUUCUACAGCUACCCAACACCAAAGUUGGUUCCUUCAUGAUCAGAGAGAGUGAAACUAGGAAAGGGUUAUAUUCCCUGUCGGUGCGGCACAGGGAAGUGAAACAUUACAGGAUCUUUCGUCUUCCAAAUAACUGGUAUUACAUCUCUCCACGGCAAACCUUUCAGUGCCUUGAAGACCUUGUGAAUCACUACUCAGAAGUUGCUGAUGGUCUCUGUUGCGUCCUUACAACACCUUGUCUUACCCCGUGCACUAACAACAACAGCGUAAUGAAUCAAGUUCCUCCUGUGGUGAUGCGGAAUAAAAACUUCAACUGGAGAAAUAUUCACAGGUUGGAGGUGAGUGACUACACUGAAAGCACCCUGACAGCAAUGGAUGAUUCUUGUCUCAGCUAUGGCCUACGGGAAAGUAUUGCUUCCUACCUCUCCUUAACAGAGGAUGGCAAUGCUUCUUUUGCAAGUGCCAGGAAGAAGAAAGCCCAGUCUCUUAUAUACACAGGCAGCAAACGUAAGAGUGCCCUUCACUUGCCACCUACAUACUAUGAAGACUAGAUGUAAGACAACCCAGGGGAAAAAAAUGGAAACAACUGAGGGAUUAGAAGAAAAACCCAGAGCAUCCUGUGGUCCUGCAGUCCUUUGACAGCUGAGAGAUACAAGCCCACCAGCUGAUGAUGAAAUGCUGGCAACGCUUGUGGAUUUCCUCUUCUGAAUGUUAACCAGAGACCUUCUUAAGGGUGCCAUCUCAGCCAUGGCAUAUGCUAGGAACGUCCCCAGUGCACCUGAAAUUAGAACCUGCUCACAAGUAGAAUAACCUGAAAGACUCUAAGUCAAGAGCCAAGUGAGGCAGAUGACUCUUCAGCAAGGGUUAUGUGCACCAUUGUACAAAGGUGACUGCAUAGGAAAAGACUAACUACAAUUAAGUCUUACUCUGGUAUUCUCCGCAAGGCCACAAACCAUCUUUACAGAACCUACCUAUGCUGAGAAAAGGAGCCUUUUUCUUCUCCAUAUAGAAUAAUUCAUUGUCAUUGACAAUGACUCAGAAAGUUGUCAAUGACCCCAAGAAUAUCUAACAUCCAGCAUCCAAGAAACACCUGAUUAUAUUGACUCCAUACUUCUGUCAUCUUUAGGGAAAAAAAUAAAAUAAUCGAUUUUCCAAGUGGCAUUGAAUUCAACUGAUGGUAAUAGCCUGCAGUGUCACAAAGUGGUCACAAAAUUAAGAACAGGUUUAACUCAAUGAGAAAAGCAGUUCCUGCUUAGCCUUGAGCUGGGAGUACAGACAUACCCAAAAGCAUAACUCAGCUGCCCAUAGUCUAGCAGAUAUACAACAGGGAACAAAGCGGGUUUUAAGUGUAAAGUGAAAUAUGGUAAUAUCAUGCCUAACUGCAGAGGUAGGCUCGCAAAGGUGUGACCUUUUAUGAGUAAAGGACCAGAUUUUAACCUCAUGUCCUGAAGGCACCUGCAUAUUUAUGUAUAAUAUUUAUGUUAAUAGCAGCUUUUUAAAAUAAUUAAACUAAGAAAGAAAAUCAGCAACAGUGGAUGUUAAAGAGUUUUCUGAAUUUCUUCUGUGAAGAGAGGUAUGUCAAAUAGUCAUGAUGUAUCUCAUCAAACCGCUUAAAGAUUUCUGACUUGGUUAUCUGAAAUUUCACAAUUGGAGAAUUUCUCUCUAUAUAUGUACCCUUUGCUAAGUGAUAAAGGAGCAGCUAGCAUGGUCCUUUGAACCUGGCUUGAGACUCCUUUCUAAAUCAGUUAGUCACAUCUGGGAGUGUGAAAUGCUGCAGUCUAUGUUAUUGAGCUGAGAUGCUUUCAAUUUAAUGUUCUCUCAUACCUUUUUAUACAGAUUUGAGUAAUGAAGGUUUGGAGAGAUAGGAAAUUUGGUUUAUAUAUAUAUAUAUAAAAACCCUAUAUAUUUCCUCUGUCAAUACCUUCUAGCACAAAUCUGUGCUCUUCAGAUCUUGUAACAGAUCAUUUGCACUAGCAAGAGAGAUUCAGAGGUAAGAAUAUUUCACAGCAUAAUUAAACAUGUUUCAGAGUGGAAAGGUUGAAUGUAAUUUGGCUGGUAAACGUUGACCACCACAAAGCAAAAUAAACUCAGGAACUCUAGGUGUUUGUAUAAUCUCAUUACUGUUACUGAUCAUUAAGAUGUUAUGGUGACUGCAUUUUAUCCAGUGAAAUGUAUAUGGGGAGCAUUACAGAUUUUUAAGUCAUGACUUGUAUUUAUUCAUUAAAAUAAUACCCAGUA